AUGUUUUUGGAAGAUGUCAUUAACGAAGAAGAAAUUAGUAAAUUAGUAGCGUAUAUUAAUGAACGCGUAGAAAUUAUGAUCGAUGUUGAUGUAAAAACUUCUUAUGGUAAAACCAUAGUCAACAAACAAAAUUAUGUCAUCAUUUUAAACUCAUUUUUAUUUACAAAUAAUAUUCUAAAUGACUAUCAACGAAAUUUUCUUGGCUGCGCUGUUCUAUUCUAUUAUAUGACACGGACAAUGCGACAACUGAAUGAUGAUAUGAUUAAGAUCAAACAUAUUUCACUUGAUCCAGGAGCACGACGAUGCUCAUAUGCGCAAUUAAACGAAUACACAAUACCGAUACAUAAGUUUUUUUAUUAUAAGACCUAUACUACCGGUGGUCCAUGCUUUGAUAGCGGUAAUGGAUUUCAACAUCUAUUUUAUAAUGGCGAAGUACAUUUUUACGAAGGGAUAGAUGGCAAUGAUUCUGAUGUCAUAAUUACUAAUGGUGCUCGUCGAACAAAAUGGUUAAAUGAUAUGAUAUUGAAAGAAUUUUUUACUACAUACGAUUUAAAUCAAAUUAAAUCCUGUGUGAAUACGAAAGAGCCGUGGCAUAUUCUAGAAAAAGGUGGUAGUCGAGGAUUGUGUACCGUAAUUCUUGAAUCAUCAAAUGAAACGUAUUUAUAUAAAUACUCAGUAAAUGUUCGACCGAAAUGGUAUUAUUCAAACGAAGUUAUUUAUCAUACAGACUGGGAUUGGCCUCUCCUUAAUGGUAUAUCGACAAUAUUUUACAUUGAAUCAGAUGAUAAAUAUUUUAUAGAAAACAAGCAUUUAUUCCAAAAAGUUAAAUAG